AUGACAGAGGCCAGCAUCCUCUUCCUCCGUGCCUGCCUCACACUGCUUGCCAUGCCCAUCUACCUACUUUCGUUCCUGGGCAUAUGGGAGCCUUUCUGUAAGAAGGUAUUUUUUCCUUUCUUCUUAGAGAAGAUUUCUGCAAUUCACGAACGGAAAGCAAAGAAGCAGAAGCAGGAGCUAUUUCGUAAUCUACCUGACUUCACCAGCCCCUCAGGAGAGCUGAGGCUGUUGGAGAUCGGGACCGGCAACGGUGCUAACUUCCAGUUCUACCCACCGGGCUGCAAAGUCACGUGCACUGACAUAAACCCCAACUUCCAGCAAGGCCUUUCGAGGAGCAUGAACAAGAACCAGCAUGUCCACUACGAGCAAUUUCUAGUAGCUGCAGGAGAAGACCUGCACCAGGUGCCCAGUGGUUCCAUGGAUGCCGUCAUCUGCACCUUGGUCCUCUGCUCCGUGCACAGCGUGAACGACACCCUGAAGGAGGUACUGCGAGUGCUCAGGCCAGGAGGUGCUUUCUAUUUCUUGGAGCACGUGGCCGCUGAUCGUUCCAGCUGGAAGUAUUUUUGGCAGCAGAUCUGCUAUCCGACUUGGAAACUCGUCUUUGCUGGGUGCUGCCUAACGAGAGAGAUAUGGAAGAAUCUCGAACAGGCCAACUUCUCGGAGCUGAGCUUACAACACAUCAGCAUAAUGCUGCCCUGGACGCCCAUUCAGCCUCACAUCAUCGGGUUUGCUGUGAAGUAA